CCUGGCUUUUCGUUAUUUAGUCUCACCUCAUCGUGAAAAGCGGAAAUAGAAUAUUUACCAACAUGGCGUUAUUCGUCAUCUAAAACGAUGUUGACACCGUUUUCUUUGCAUUAAUAGAUCUAAAGCCUAUCUAUUAAUCAAUUUUUUGUUUAUUGAAACGUUUUUUAGAUCGCUAGAAUGGACUUUCAGCAUAGAGCUGGAGGGAAGACAGGGACUGGAGGUGUGGCCUCUGCUUCUGAGAGUAACAGAGAUAGGAGAGAACGACUUCGGCAACUGGCUCUGGAAACUAUUGAUUUGAAUAAAGAUCCUUACUUUAUGAAAAACCAUCUUGGCUCCUACGAGUGUAAACUUUGCCUUACUUUACAUAAUAAUGAAGGAAGCUAUCUGGCACACACUCAAGGAAAGAAGCAUCAGAGCAAUUUGGCAAGACGAGCUGCUAAAGAAGCUAAGGAUGCUCCAGCACAGCCUGCACCAGAGAGGCCUAAAGUAGACAUUAGGCGGUUUGUCAAGAUUGGUCGACCUGGAUACAAAGUCACAAAACAAAGAGACCCAGAAUCAAUGCAACAGUCUUUGUUAUUCCAGAUUGAUUAUCCUGAAAUAGUUGAGUCCAUCCAACCUCGCUACAGGUUCAUGGCUGCAUAUGAACAACGCAUUGAACCACCAGAUAGAAAAUGGCAAUAUCUUUUGUUUGCAGCAGAACCAUAUGAGACUAUUGCUUUCAAGGUGCCAAGUCGAGAGGUAGACAAAGAUCCUCGUAAACUUUGGACUCACUGGAACAAGGAAACAAAACAGUUCUUUCUUCAGUUCGCAUUCAAGGUUGAUCCAAAGGGUCCAAGACCAUCAAGCCCGAAACCUUUGCAGCCUCCUUCUGUUGUUCCACAAAUUACUGGAGGACCUCCACCACCACCACGAUUACCUCCUCCCCCCAUGCCACCCCCAGGAGGAAUGAUGCCUUUUGGCAGUCGAUUUCCACCUCCACCAGGACCCCCUGUUGGUAUGCCACCUCCCCCGGGUAUGCAGGCCCCACCAAUGCCACCACCAGGUAUUGCUCCACCUCCAGGCAUGGCUCCACCUCCAGGCAUGGCCCCACCUCCAGGCAUGGCUCCACCUCAUGGUAUGGCCCCACCUCCAGGCAUGGCUCCGCCUCAUGGUAUGGCCCCACCUCCAGGUAUGGGUCCACCUUCAGGUAUGGCACCUCCAGGAAUGGCUCCUCCUGGUAUGGCUCCACCCCCUCCUCUUCGGCCUCCUGCUCCUCCUCCAAGCAUGGGAAUGGCUCCGCCUCCUCCUCCUAUACCUCCUCCUCCUCCCAUUUCUGGUGCCAUCGCCCCUGUUGCACCACCCCCUCCACCUCCCCCUCCAUCUUAGUUUCUUCAACUUUUUUGUCAUCUUACAGUAAAGACUCUUUGUUCAUAGUCAGGACUGAUUAGAAUUUGUUGCAUAAAUAUCUCAUAUCUGACCAGCUAAGUUAUUCAUGAAUGUUUUAUUUUUUUUUCCAUCUUUUUGUUGUCAGAUUCAUAAACAGAAAGUUAUUGUUAUGUAAUUAAAAGGCUGGUUUAUUCAAA